AUGGGAAAGAAGAGCUCUGUAUCAAUUCUCUGUUUCUUGAUAAUAACCUUGAGUGCCAUUUCUGUUUCUGUACAAAAUCAAAUCUGUAACGAAACAGAUGGGCGUUUCAAUCCCAAUAGUUCAUAUGACAGGAAUCGUCUUCUCGUCCUCUCUACUCUGUCUUCUAACGUCACGGCUCAAGACGGCUACUUCAACGGCUCGACCGGGGUAGGUCCCGACAGAGUCUACGCCAUGGGGAUGUGCGCUCCAGGCGCUGCACCCGGUGCUUGCUCAUCUUGUAUCAACGACGCAACCGGAAAUUUGCUACAGGUCUGUCUGAACCAGACCAACGCAUUCAUAUGGUUCGGUGAAGAGAUCCAUUGCCUUGUUCGCUACUCUAACCGAUCCUUCUCCGGUUUACUCGUCUUGGAGCCGUAUCGAGUGCUUUUCAAUUACAUGGACAUAGAAACUAAUCUCCGGAGAGAAUUCGAUAGUGUGUGGGACAGGUUAAUGUCUCGUAUGGUCACAAGAGCUUCUUCCUCGGUGAGAAACAAUUCUUCUACUUCUUCUUCUUCUUUGUCAUCUCCUAGUAGAUACUAUGCCAAGGAUGUAUCUCCGGUGCCGGUUUAUGGGAACAUAUCGGUGUUGAUGCAUUGCACUCCGGAUGUUUCUUCACAAGAUUGCAAAAUUUGCUUAGAGAGCAGCGUUGAUUACUAUAAGAGGUGGUACCCUGGGAAGAGAGGUGUGAUUAUAUUGCGGCCGAGUUGCUUUUUCCGGUGGGAAUUGUAUCGUUUCUCUGGUGCUUUUGAUGAAGCUACUAACUUAGCAUCACUUCCGCCUCCAAAGCCUUCAGUCGACAACCUGACCAAUAUACCCAAGAUAGAUACACGAAUCUCUGGUGGAGUUAUCGCUGCAAUAGUCAUUGGUAAUUUCGUGUUGAUAAUAAUGAGUGCAAUAGGCAUAGCUAUUUCCAAGAGGAGAAAGCAAAAGCAAGAAGUUGAACUUCUAACGGAAUCAGUUCGAUUUGAUUUAAAGACAAUUGAAGCUGCGACAAGCAACUUUUCUGAGCGCAACAAGCUUGGGCAAGGUGGAUUUGGUGCGGUUUACAAGGGUAUGCUCAUGAAUGGAACUGAAAUUGCGGUGAAGAGGUUGUCUAAAACUUCAGGACAAGGUGAAGUAGAGUUCAAGAACGAGGUUGUAGUUGUUGCAAAGCUUCAGCAUAUAAAUCUUGUUAGACUUCUCGGGUUUUCGCUCCAUGGAGAAGAAAAAUUACUCGUCUAUGAGUUUGUUCAUAACAAAAGCCUUGACUAUUUCCUCUUCGACCAUGAGAAGAGAAUCCAGUUGGACUGGACAGUGCGGUGCAACAUCAUCGGUGGAAUAACUCGAGGGAUUUUAUAUCUUCAUCAAGAUUCACGGCUCAAGAUCAUACACCGUGACCUCAAAGCCGGUAAUAUUCUCCUGGAUUCGGAUAUGAAUCCGAAAAUUGCUGAUUUCGGAAUGGCAAGGAUCUUUAGAAUGGACCAAACUGUAGCAAAUACAUCAAGAGUAGUUGGAACCUUCGGCUACAUGCCACCGGAGUAUGUGACACAUGGCCAAAUCUCUACGAAAUCAGAUGUUUAUAGCUUUGGAGUAUUGGUUCUUGAGAUCAUCAGUGGCAGAAAGAAUAGCAGCUUCUACCAGAUGGACGGUUUGGUUAACAACUUAGUCACAUAUGUCUGGAAACUUUGGGAGAACAAAUCAUUGCCAGAGCUCAUAGAUCCUGUGAUCAGGGAAGAUUGUAAAAUCGCUGAUGUCAUUAGAUACAUUCAUAUUGGGUUGUUAUGUGUUCAAGAAAAUCCUGAAGAUCGUCCAACAAUGUCAACGAUUCACCAAAUGCUCACAACCAGCUCAAUGACUCUGCCUAUACCUCUGCCACCUGGAUUUUUCUUCAGGGACGGACCAAGGUCAUCCCCAUUUGCCGAGAGUUUGCUGCCUGGUCCAUCUACUAGAAUGUCUUUUCCUUGUUCUAUCGAUGAUGCAUCGAUCACGAGUGUUAGUCCUCGCUGA